CAACAUUGUCUGUAAGACGUAAAAGUUAGACAAAUGACGUGUUAAAAUAAAUACAUAAAAUCUUUUUUGAGAUUUUUUAAGUUAUAUCAAUUAAUGGCGUACCAUGCAGAUUCCAGAGGUUUUUGGAAACAUAAAUCAAGCACAUUGGUCACAAGAUGUGCAGAUAUUGUAUUGAGAAAUUUACCUUUAAUCGACGUUACAAGUUUGGAAUACCUGCCUCCAGAUUUGCAGGAUUUAUUUCUAUACAAAAUAACCUAUUCUGAAAGUCUGUUAAAAGUUAUUAACUUUCGAGAAAUAUUUCCUGUCUUACUGAAUGGUAGCACUAAGAAAAUAAAUCUUAAGAAGUAUUCUGCAGCAUGUAAGCUUAAUGAUAGCUCUCUGGAGGCUAUGGAAAAAUGUGUCAAUUUAAAACACCUAUUUUUUCCUGAUAAUACAGAUUUUACAGCUGAAGGAUUAAAAAAACUGUUUGUGAAAUUGCCAAAUCUUCAGCAAUUGCAUUUACCUUCAUGUGAAGCGCUGGAUGAUGAAGUGGCUCAAAUAAUUGCAGCUAAUUGCCUUCAACUGAGAUUUAUUAACGUUUUUGCCAGCAAAAUUACCGAUAUUGGCUUGAAGGAGUUAAAAAAUCUUGACCAUUUAGAAUAUGUAUCAUUUUCCAACACCAAGGUCGGCCAUGAGGGUAUAACAGCCUUGGUGGAAGGAAACAGCGGACAAAAUCUCAUAGAAUUAAAAAUCGACAAUUGUCCGAACGUUAAAGUAGAAACUUUACGACGGAUAGUCGAAUGCUGCCCAAAACUCGAAAUAUUACUGUUUUAUAACUGUGAUCCGUCUACAUCCAGACAUGACAUGAUGUCUGUAUUAGAGGAUAUUAAUAUGAAAAAUAUGAAGCAGCUCACAUGGAGUGUAAAUUGGUGAAUCAACUUGUAUUCAAAAUGGAUUUGUGCCUUUAGGAGUAAAUUAAGAAAAAGAUGUUUUAUACCUUUUUCUUCAAGGCGUUUCACCU